GCGUGUUGAAAUAGAAACGUUUUUUUUUGAGUGCUAAGUGACUUUUAAGCUAUAGUUAACUACACUUCACUGCAAGAGACGAGGCUACCAAACGUUAAACUAACCGAACAUUUUUCCUAAGGUGCGUUGAAAUAAACGUUUUUUUUGAGUGCCAAGUGACUUUUAUACUAUUCUUAACUACACUACACACUCCACUGCGCCAAAAGACACGAAAUUUACAAACGUUGAACUAAUUAAAAGGUUCUUCACAGAGUACUGAACAUAAACGUUUUUUUUUGAGAAGGAAAAAUAAAUAUCUAGACAUUUUAAGAUCGUAUUAUUUUGGUGACUAAGAACCCUGUCUGUGUGUGGGCGUGGACAGCAUGGCGGGCGUGGCGUGGGCGUGUGGGCGUGAUCCUGCAGUGCUCUAUAACUUAUCCAUAUCCUUAUACGACACGCCCACGCACACGCACGCACACACGCACGCCAAUCCAAUCCCAACACAGCACAAGACAGUAAUUAAAGUUGGAAAGGAGGAAGAGGAGAGGAAGAAAGAAGAGAAGAGGAUAGAAGAGGAGGAGGAGAGGAAUGGGAGGAAAAGAAGUUGUUUUACCUCCAGCGAUCUUAAUUUUUCCUCCACCAAUUUUACCUCCACUGUCUCCUCCUCCUCCUCUUCCUCUAUCUACACCACCACCAACAACAACAACAACAACAACAACAACAACAGCCGUCGGUACAGUACAAUAAUAUGCGUUAAUGACUGGCCAAGAGAAGAGGAAGAGGAAGAGGAAGAGGAAGAGGAGGAGGACUCAAAUCUUCUCCGCAAAGUCAGCAACACUAGUGAUUUUUCCUUCUCCUCCACCUCCUCCACCUCCUCCACCUCCUCCACCAGCGCCUCCCCGCCCUUCAGCCCACGCCCGCGCCUCUCCCACGCCAUAGACUCCGAUUACUAUGGGUCUGAGGAAGAGGAAGAAGAAGAGGAGGAGGAGGAGGAGGAGGAGGAAGAAGAAGAAGAAGAGGUGGAGGAGGAAGGAGAUUGGCUAACUCCUUUAACAAAAAGUAAAAAGGAGUAUGACCUGGAGCAGAGAAUCGCGCUGGAGAUCAAGAUGCGGGAGGGCACCACCAAGCUACUGGCGGCGUGUGGGGGGGCGGGGGGUAGCGGCCGCACCACCAACCUGCCCCACACGUUGGAGGCCGCUAAGAACCUUCUCACGUCCAACGAGCGCAUGACAGCCUACAUGGCGGAGCUGCAACGGCGCCGAGCCUGCCCCCAAGUGGUGCCCCAGGGGUCACAACCUUCCCUGGCCCGUGUGUGUCUGUCUGACUUGCGCAUGCCCCUCAUCUGGAAGGACAGUGACCAUUUCAAGAACCGUGGCGACUACAGAAGGUUCGCAGUGUUUGUUCUGCUCAAGAUUGGCACAGAAAUUUACGACACAGUGAUGGUGAACCCUAUUGAUCGUUCCAUGACGGACAUUUGCUUCGAUGACAUUAUUGUGUUCAACAACAUCCCAGCCAGUUUCGAGUGCAAGAUGGAGGUGUACAGCCACGUCUUACAGAAUGACCUUAGCAUGGCCAGCCACCCCGAGGAAGCUCAAGCGUUCUCUGCACUCCUCAAUUUUCCCGCACUGUCGGAAGGAAACUAGCGGCCACCACUGAGGGAUGAACUGGCUAAUGGGGAAAUGUGAGUAUAAGGGUAACUGUCUUAUUUAUUU